AUGGUGCAUGCAGGGUCCAUGUGGUCCAAGGUAGAGAUGGCUCCUCCUGACCCUAUCCUCGGGGUGGCUGUGGAAUACAACAAGGAUCCAUCCCCGAAGAAAGUGAACUUGGGGAUCGGGGCGUACAGAGACGACAAUGGGAAGCCUCUUGUGCUAAAGUGUGUGAGGGAGGCUGAGAGGAAGAUUGCGAAUGAUGAGAGCAUGAACAAGGAGUACUUGCCCAUUCAGGGGCUCGAGAGUUUCCUGUCUCAGACCUCCAAGAUCAUCUUUGGCGAUGAAUCGCCUGCGAUCAAGGAACAGAGGGUGGCGGUGGUACAGAGUCUCUCGGGGACAGGCGCAUUGCGACUGGCUGCUGAGUUCAUCGCUCUUGACCCUUCGUGGGGAAACCAUCACACCAUCUUCAAGAAAGCGGGUCUACAGACAAAGACGUACAAGUAUCUGAGCCCAGACAUGAGUCUUGACUUUGAUGGGAUGAAGUCGGACGUGCAAGCUGCACCCAAGGGCUCGAUCUUCAUCUUCCACACCAUUGCCCACAACCCGACGGGUGUCGAUCUUUCGCAUGAUCAGUGGAAGGAAAUUGCCAAGGUUUGCCAGGAGAAGGAACAUAUCAUCAUCUUCGACACAGCUUAUCAGGGCUAUGCUACUGGAGAUCUCGAGAGCGACGCGUGGGCCGUGAAGUACUUUGCUCAUGAGAUGAAGAUGGAACUCUUCGUGACCCAAUCAUACUCUAAGAACUUCGGACUGUACGGAGAGAGAAUCGGUGCCCUCAACGUUCUUUGCAACGACGCUGAAACGGCCGUCAAGGUCCAGUCACAACUCAAAGGAGUGAUUCGACCGAUGUAUUCCAGUCCGCAGCUCCAUGGCGCAAGGCUUGUCUCGACCGUUCUCUCGGAUAACAAGCUCAAGGACCUAUGGAAAGUUGAGCUCAAGCAGAUGUCGCAGAGAAUCACUGAGAUGCGAUCUGCUCUUGUCCGAGAGUUGACGGCAUGCCAAUGUCCGUUCCCCAACGAGAAGUUCUCGAGCUGGAACCACAUCGUCAAACAGAUUGGAAUGUUCGCCUACACGGGGCUCAGUGCGCAGCAGUGCGCUGUUCUGACACAAGAGCAUCACAUCUACUGUACCAAGAACGGGCGGUUCUCCAUGGCAGGAGUCAACCCAGGUCUGUCCUGA